AUGUCAAUAAUGAAGAUUAACAUAAAGACAAGCAAAGGGGAAGUAUACAGUGUUGAAGUAGAAGGACCAGAGAGCACAGUUCUGCAACUAAAAGAGCAGAUAUCUGAGAAGACUCAGAUUCCUACAGCAAAAAUCAGAUUAAUUCAUGUCGGGAAAUUGCUUAAGGACCAGGAGGCAUUAAAAACCUACAAGCUGGAAGAAGAGUCAACAGUGCAUUUAGUUGUGCCUAGCUCUGACAAAAAAUCCAGUCCUGUCUCUAGUGCAAGUCAACCAAGUGCACAGGCCUCAACUGAGUCCAAAUCCACAGAAUCACUCAACAGCGGGGCAUCAAAUAGCAAUCCACUUGGUGGCGGGCCAGGCCAAAUGGACCCACAGUUUUUAAAGAACAUGCAGGGCAUGAACGGUAAUAACAGUGAAAUGCAGAGUAUGAUGCAGAGUAGAAUGAAGGAGCUUAUGAAGAACCCAGAGCAAAUGAAAGUUCUUAUGGAGGCAUCUUUGAGCAUGCAGAACGUCCCAGAGCCAACCAAAAAGGCAAUGAUGGAAAGUGUAGACAAGUUUGCAGAGAUGGCAAAAACCAACCCAGAGCAGUUUGAAACAUUCAUGAACCACAUGCUGGACAACCCAAAUAUGUACAUGAACCAGGGAAUGGGCGGUAUUCCUGGAUUCGGGCAAGGAAUGGGAAUGGGAAUGCCCAGCCAAGCACAGGGGUCUCAGCAGACACAAAUGCCAGCUGGUCUUCCUACAUUUAACAGAGAAGAGGCUCUUCAAAAGUAUAAGUCUGAGCUUAUGGAGCUAGAACAGAUAGGAUAUAACAAUGUUGAGCUUAAUUUAGUUGCUUUAGUCUGCAGUGAAGGUGACUUAACAAAGGCAGUAAAUCUUAUUAUGGAUUGGACCAGUGAGGAAAAUCAUUAA